CGACUAUGGAGUGAAGACAGCUCGUGCUUUCCAAGGUAUUUGUGUUUCUGUGGUUUCCGACAUCGCAGAGGGCUGUCCGCGAGUCUGAGGUGGGUCUGGCAUUCACAAGGCGCGACAUUGGCUCCUAUUACUACAUGCUUGAACUCCUCUGUUCUUCGAAAUGGGUGUUCACAAGAUAAUUCCUAGUCCUCAGUAGCUAAUUGGACUUGUUCUCGGGACAAAUGGAGGCUGCAAAGGAUAAUGUCCUGGUGCGUGAUGCUGAUAAAGAAUUUGAAUUUAGAAUCGGCAUGACAUUUGCUAACGAGGAGGAAGCUUAUAAUACAUACAAUGCAUAUGCAAUUGGUAAGGGAUUUGGAGUGCGGAGAGGACAGAAGGCAAACAAUAGUAAAGGAAUAUUGCGAACAUGCACAUUUCUGUGUAAUUGUGAGGGAUAUUCUCCACCAAUCCUACCUCAUGAACGUAGAGAUGUUUAUAGGACUGUGAAGAGAACCGGUUGUAAAGCUUGCAUUAAAUUCAAAAUCAAAGAUGGAGUUUGGACAGUUACCAAGUUUGAGGAGGUUCAUAAUCAUCCUUUCAUUGGUGAUGAACAAAAACAUCUCCUACGGUCAUAUCGGCAUAUUACAAAUACUAAUGGCAGUAUUUUGACUUCUUUGACUGGGGCCGGUACAAGGGCUACGAAAGCGUAUUCGUACCUUAGUGGUGAAGUGGGGGGACAUGAGAAUGUUGCCUUAAUGCAUCGUGAUUGUCAAAAUUGUAUACGAUCAAAAAGAAGGGACCUUAUUAGUGCGGGUGAUUGUCAAAGUCUCAUUGAUCAUUUUAAUUGCUUACAAUCAAAUGGAAGCAAUUUUUCUUAUACAUUUCAAUUGGACAAGGAGCAAAGAUUGACCAAUUUUUUUUGGUCUGAUGGUGUGUCCAAGCUAGAUUAUGAAACUUUUGGAGACGUUGUGGUGUUUGAUACUACUUACCGUACAAGUAAAUACAAUAUGAUAUGUGCACCUUUUGUUGGAUUGAAUCAUCAUUUGAAAACCGUUCUGUUUGGUUGUGCAUUUCUAUUGGAUGAAACUAUUUCUUCUUUUGAGUGGGCAUUUCAAUCUUUUGUGAAGGCAAUGGGUAAUAAAGCACCUAAGACUAUUUUUACUGAUCAAGAUCAUGCAAUGGCUAAUGCCGUUAAAACUGUUCUUCCGAACACCGAUCAUCGUUUAUGUGUAUGGCAUAUUGGGAAAAAUGCUGCACAUCAUAUUGCGCAUCUUCUUGGAAAGCCGAGCUUUCACGAUAAAUAUUGGCAUAGGCUUUUAUAUCAAUGCGAAUCUGAAUUUGAAAUGGAAAACAAUUGGAAAGCUAUGUGUCAUGAGUGGAACUUGGAGGACAACAAGUGGUUGGCCGAUAUGUAUCGCCUGCGUCAUAAAUGGUGUCCCGCAUUUGGUCGGGAUACUUUUUCUGCAGGAAUCGGAUCCACACAAGAAAGCGAGAGCACUAAUAAUGUCUUUCAAGAUAUGGCAUGCAAGACCAUGACUUUGUCCGAACUUGUUAGUCAUUAUGAGAAGCAAGCAGAAAAAUUGCGCGACUACGAAGUUGUUGAUGAUUUUGAGUGCGCUCGAGAAAAGCCGCAGAUUGUGGUUGAAAAUAGUGGAAUCUUGAAACAUGCCGCACAUGUCUACACUCAUGCCAUUUAUAGAAAUUUCCAGACCGAGUUCUUGCAUGCUUUGUCUGAACAUGUUCUUCGAUCAGAAACCGAUGGGCCGUUGCAUGCUUAUAUGCUGGGAACUGAAAGUAGUGAUAGAAAGCAUACUGUCCAUUUUCGUCCAAGCGAUUCUACCAUUACAUGUAGCUGCAAGUUAUUUGAAAUGCAAGGAUGGUUGUGUAGGCAUACUUUAUGCAUCUUGACACAUGUUGUAAAUGUUACAAGUAUUCCAUCACAAUACAUUUUGAAGAGGUGGACUAAAGCUACAAAGCAAAGUAGUCAUUAUGAUGAUGUUGGAGAAAGCUCUCACGAUGCGAUAAAUUCGAAGACAUUGCGCUUGAAGAGGCUGAUGCAAUUGGCUUUUAGUGUUAUGAACAUCGGUGCGAAUCAUGAUGCUACGGAGAAGCUGGCAACUACAACCUUGCUGCAUCUUCACUCUCGUAUCACGAAUCAAAUGCAAUCUCUCAUAGGUAAAGAUGAUGUUAAUUUCAUGAUGGAAAAUGAUGAAUCUGAAUGUGCAGAAAAUUGUGGAAUUCAAAUACCAAAAGGUGCACCAACUACUCGGUUGAAGGGCGCUGGUGAGAAGCGAAAGAGAAAGGAAUCUUCGUGCACAGGAGGCACCUCACACCAGGUGCAUGAUAUGAGAAAAGCAUUUUCUUUCCUUUUUGAGGCUCUAAUCUGGUUGUAUUUAAGCGUACAAGGCAUGACAUGAAAAAUUACACCAUUUGUUUCAUCUUGUAGUUUUGACUAAUGCUUGUCCUUUUGUGUUUGCAGAUGAAGACAACAGCAGGUGUUAAUGGUGUUUUAUGACAUAAACAAAAAGCAGGAUUCUUAUUUCUUCUCUUUGCAUGAUGGGAGUAA